AUGAAGGGUUCCAUCCUCGCGGCCGCCGCCCUGCAGCGUCGCUGUGUCGCCCUCUUCAUCCUGGUCCCCGGUCCCGAGGAGACCUGCGGCUGCAGCACCAAGGUCAUCACCGUUUGGGGCUCCCCUACCUUGGUGCCCGAGGUGACUCCCGAGUCCACCACCACCAGCACCAGCACUCUGCACUCGACCAGCACCGCCACCCAGACUGUCACCGUGACCCCCUCGGUCCAGCCUGUUGCCAGCCCGUCUCCGGCGACCCCCGCGGCGACUCUGCCCACUCCCGGUGUGACCAGCUUCUCCUCCACCGGUGUCUACACCAUCCCGGCCACCACCCUGACCGUGACCGACACCACCACCGUCUGCGGUGCCACCACCACCGAGGUGCCCAGUGGUACUCACACCAUCGGUGGAGUGACCACCGUUGUUGAGACCAGCACCGUCAUCACUUGCCCCUACGCUACCGUCAAGCCCAGCGGUACCACCGUGACCAGCGUCAUUGAGAUGACCACCUACACUUGCCCCGCCGCCGGUACCUACACCGUCGUCCCCGGCACCGUCACCUCCGUGCCCACCAGCACCGUCCUGGUCUACCCUACCCCCCAGACCAUCACCCCCGGCACCUACACCCAGCCCGCCACCGUGGUGACCGUCACUCGCACUGACUACACCUACGUCUGCCCCUUCUCCACCGGUCUCGCUAGCACCACCGCCCCCGCGGCCACUGUCCCCGCCGUGGCUGCCACCACCACUGCCGUCCCCGUUCCCGUCGCCACCUCCGCCGUCAGCUCCGCUCCCUCCGUUGUGAGCUCCGCUCCUUCCGUCGUCAGCUCUUCUCCCGCUCCCGUGAGCACUGGCUCCAGCAGCUCCGGCGUCACUGGCGCUGGCCAGUACGGUAUGACCUUCUCCCCGUACACCAACGGUGGUGACUGCAUGCCCCAGUCCGACAUUUUCAACAACCUCAAGAUCAUCAAGAGCAAGGGCUUCGAUCUGGUCCGUGUCUACUCCACUGACUGCAACGGCCUCGAGUACAUCGGCUCCGCUUGCAAGGAGCUCGGUCUCAAGAUCAUGAUGGGUGUCUUCAUUGACGGUUCCGGUAUCUCCGCCGCUCAGCACCAGGUCGAUGCCAUCGCCAAGUGGGCUCAGUGGGAUAUGGUCGAGCUCAUCGUUGUUGGUAACGAGGCCAUCUCCUCCGGCGCUUGCUCCGCGGGCGACCUUGCCGGCUUCGUUGCCUCCAGCAAGGCCACCUUCAAGGCUGCUGGUUACUCUGGCCAGGUCACCACCACUGAGCCCAUCAACAUCUGGCAGCAGUACGGCAAGUCCACUCUCUGCGGUGUGGUCGACAUUGUUGGUGCCAACAUCCACCCCUUCUUCAACGCCCAGGUCACCGCCGAGCAGGCCGGUGAGUUCGCCCUCGCUGAGCUGAAGGAGCUCGAGGAGAUCUGUGGCAAGGAAGUCAUCAACUGCGAGACUGGCUGGCCCAACGCUGGUGACGCCAACGGCCUCGCCGUUCCCGGCACCGCUCAGCAGGAGGCUGCUAUCAAGUCCAUCGUCUCUGCCAUUGGCUCCAAGUCCGUCUUCUUCUCCUACGCCGAUGAUGGCUGGAAGAAGCCCGGUGCCUUCAACGUUGAGCAGCACUGGGGCUGUGCCUCCGUCUUCUAA